AUGUUUCAUGCAACUUUCUCAAAAGAGCUAACCAGUCAUGAAGAAUGGAGUCACUAUCAUGAAAACAUAGUAGAAGAUCAGAAAGAUCUUGUUUUUGUGAAGUUCACUGGUCUUCAUUUAAAAUCUAUAGAAGGUUUGAAAUAUUGUAUCUCUCUUACAGUAUGCAUCUUCUCAAACAAUUUUAUUACCAAUAUUAGUCCACUUCAAUAUUGUAUAAAAUUAGUCAAACUUGAUCUCCAUGGAAAUCAGGUAAAGAGUCUACCAGAUGUCAAUUUUUGGAGUAGAUUAAAAAAUUUAAAACUUCUCUAUCUUCAUGACAACGGGUUUGCAAAGUUAAAGAAUGUAUGCAUGUUAUCUGCCUGUCCAAGCCUCAUUGCCCUCACUAUGUUUGAUUGCCCCGUAAGCCUUAAAAAAGGAUAUAGACAUGUUCUUGUCAACAGUAUAUGGUCUCUCAAGGCAUUGGAUCAUCAUGUAAUUUCUGAUGAAGAAAUAUUUCAGAACUUUCAUCUUCCUGAAAGAUUUAAAACAUAUAACCAUCGGCUUUUCUUUAAUUUCUGCCCUACUUUGAAAAAGGGAUCAACAUAUGAGGAUGAAAUUGAUAACAUCCAAUUUGUUAUUUCAAAAAUAAAUGUAAUCAGGGCUCACAAUUCACCAAUUUUGAUUAUUCAAAAAUGGAUACGUGGUUUCCUAAUUAGAAAACAUUUGAGCCUUGUGUCUUUGUAUAGAAAACGUAAAGAAAAAUUUAUUAGAGAAUGUAAAAAAAAAUGGGCUGACAAACACAAAAGUUAUGAAGAUAAGAUUUUUAAGGAUCUUAUUAAGCCUGAAACAAUUAAAACAAGAAAGCCUGCACGAAGGAAACAUCAUAUACUUUCUUCUCUUGAUUUAAUAAGUUCUAAUAAACAGAGAAAACAUAUUUCCUCUCUUUUAUCUGAAUUAAAGACAAAAGAUAUUGGCAAAAAAUCAAGACAUCUCAUUCAAAAAGGUCGGGAGUCUGAAGAUGAAAUUGAGGAUGAAGAAUUACAUGCCAGUUUUAGAAUAUCAGUAUUCAAACUACCCAUACAUUCUUCAGAUUCAUUGAAGUAUGCAGUACUGAAAAAAAAAGAACUAGCUUCUUUUCCUACAUAUACACAGCCAUUUUCUACUACUCAUCAAAAACCAGUAAUUACAAAACCACACCUAAUAUUGGAGAAGAAUGCAAGAGAGUUUUUUAUGAUACACAGAACCGGUAUAAAGCUCAAAACACUUUAUGAUAUUGAUGAAUAUCACUUAGAACAAAAGAAUCAGGAAAGCCAGAAGAAAAGAGAAAUGGCUUUAACCAUGGCAAAAACUGCCCAAGAAAAAGUCAGCUUAAAUGUUCAAGAAAUGUUACAGAAAAAAAAAAGGGCUGUACAAAAACAAAUGGCAGAAGGUAACAUGGCAAUUCGGGAUGGUUUGUACCAAUUUUGGCAGGUCAGAUCCAAAUACCUUGACAAAGUUAGACAGAGGAGAGCUUUGUUUCUAGAAGAAAAACACAAAAAAACUACAGACCGUUUAUUAAUUCAAAACUUAAAUAAUGAGCUCGUUAUUUGGGACAAAAAUAUAAAUAAAAUAAAGCAAUUGAAGAAGAAAAAUGAUCUCUUAAAAGAGAAACAUCUGAUAGUUCAGCAAAAACGAGAAACAGGAAAACUUCAAAAGGAUUUAUGUAAAUACAUUAAGGAAUAUAGGGCUCAAGAAAGGUAUAAGAGACACUCUGAAGAAAAAUUUGUUUAUGAUAUGAUUGUCUUUCAGAAAGCUUGUGAAAGAUUACAAGAAGCUAGAGCAAGAAUUGAAAGUAUGAAAAAAAAGUAUUAA